CUCUGAUUGGCUGGUAGUUUGUUGAGGUAAAAAGCUGAGCUCACCUGGAUCCAGAACUUUCCAUCGAUCCGAGGAGGAGAGCAGGAAGAGUGAGUUCUUCCUUCCCGGCAAUCCACCACAAUUAGAACUUCCAUCUUCAGGUUUUUGGUGGUACACCCAACCGACCUUUCCACUUGGUCCACCGAACUCUGACCUCACCAAUCCAAAGAUGUCAAAACUGGUAACCGCCAUGAAGGAAGUUCAUGAAGUCUUCAAGGAGUACGCGUCCAAGGACGGUAACCCGAACGCACUGAGCAAGAAGGAAAUGAAGGAACUUAUGCAGAAGGAGCUUGGAGAGUAUGUUAAGGAGCCGAAAGAUGCCACCUCCAUGAACAAGAUCCUGAAGGAGCUGGAAGACGGAGACGGGGAGGUGGAGUUUCGGGAGUUUGUCAUCUUCUUGGCCUCUGUUGGAAUUUGCUAAGGGCUAGUAAUUCUUGGCCUCUGUGCUUGUGUCCAGAAACACCGUCUUAUGCGAGAGCAGCUGAGCCACUCCGACCGUUCAUUCCACCGGCGUGGAGGAGACCCUUCUACAAAGACUGACGUCUCAAUAAACUAAACUAAACUUUAUCCUUUAA